UAGACAAAAAUUAUAAGAAAACAAAUUCAUUGCUACAAAUUUAUUAUUAUUGUAGUAAUAGUUGUUGUUUUUGUUAGCCACAGAAAAUUUUACUCAACAUAAAGUUCAUUUAAAUGUUGUUACGCUUCUUUGAUUUUGAUUAUUUCUGCCCAAAGACCAUAGAAAGGGAAUCACUAAAAGUAACAGAAGUCUAUAAAGAAAAAAGUGUGAUGUGAGUGAGAGAUUUUUGUCGCAGACAUAAUGACGACAAGCGAUGAAGCGGCUGCCUUUUGCCACGACCACAUCCAACAUCCUUUGAUGUGGUGUGAUGAAAAAAGACGUCUAGUGGAACGUAGAAAUGCGGAAGAAAGUCUAAGGAUGUGGAGGCGCAGAAAGGCUGAAGAAAUGGCACGUAAAGAAAAAGAUAAACAGGAAUAUUAUGAAUUAUUUGUAAAACACUGUCCUUGGGGUAGACCAGGAGGUGGUGCCCCCAACAUUGAUGUGAGACGAAAGGAUAUAACAGCAGUGGGUCUACAUUCCACCGCACCAAUUACCACUACUCAUCGUUUGACUUCAUUGCAACCAUGUCGUUUUAGUGAUUAUUUUGCUAAACACAAACGUUGCUUAGAUCCAGUAGCCGCAUAUCAUCCUCAUUAUCAUCAUCAUCACCACCAGCAGCAACACCAUUCGGUGCCUCGUGUCACCGCUCACACACAUCAUGCCGUGCAACAUAUAAGUGGUGAUAAUGCACGUCCCAUGCAAGCCAGUAGCACUUUAACACUGUGUGAACGUGAUGUGGGUACAGCAGCUACCAGUAGUGGUGGUAAUGGUGGUGGAGCUACUAAUACAGGGGCUGGAGGUGGUGUUGGUAUUAAGAGCGAUGGCAAUAAACAUGCUGAAAGUUUGCAAAUUACCUUAAAAGAUCAUCCAUCCAUGUCAUUUCGCAACAAGGGGCAUGUUGACAUAGAAGUGCGUUAUAAACCCAAUGCUGCCACAAAGGGUAAACCAAUGUUAGAAAAAAUUGUGGUUACCGAAAGUGACAAGUGUCCUUUGUUGUUGGAUCACAAGAAUGCCAAGAUGGUGGAGGCAAAAGUGAUGACAACAAGACCAAAGAAAACAUUAGAGAAAAUUGAAAAGCCGCCAAGCAAGGAUCCCUGGGGUAAGGCAGGUCCUGGUGGUAAGCCCUGGCGUAGUCCUAAGGCAGUGGGAAGUUCUUUUAUGAAAUCGUUGGGUUGGACUAACAAACAAAUGCUUAAAGAUUUAGAUCAAGAUAAUCCUGCCACACCAGCGGAAAAACCAACAUUUCGCAAAUCACGUGCUUCCCGUAAACUCACAAGAUGUUGUGACGUAUGCACCUGUACAUGUCCGGCCAUGAUCUUAAAUACCAGCCCACUUAAACCGAUACAAAAACAAACAAAUACCAAUGCAAUGAAAGAACAGAAACCAAAAAUAUGUCCACGUUUGUUGCGGCACAACAAAACGAUUGAUACGACCACAGACAAUAGUGCCAAUAUGAAAGUUGGCGGUGGUGGUGGUAAUAAAACUGCGACAAUGGCUGAUAAUAAUGGCGUUGAAUUGGUGCCGUUGUUGGCACGUAGACGUGCCUUUGAACGUCCCAUUAGUUUAUCGACAACGGAUGUAACCAAACGUACAGCAUCAAAUGAUAGACUCCACACAGCGGCAGCAGCAGCUGAUGUUGCAACCACUGAUAUGCGUUACUUGCAUGACCUCAAUUGUCAAGUUGCACAAAAAAGACGUUCGAUUAGCGUGGCUCAACAGCUCGAUAGGGAUGAGUGUAAUCAACAUUUCAUGGUCUUUGAUACAUUUUGGGGUCGUCCCGGCCAUGGGGCGCCACCAGUGCUAACAAAUAGAAAAUUAAAAUUGGACAAUUUGCUUUAUGGCACUCCCGGUUGUAACUCCGAAUAAAGCAAAAUUUAGUGCAAUGCUAGAGAUGAAACAGAAAAAAAAAACAAUGAGUGAAAUAAUGAAAAAUCCACGUCAUCAUGAAAUCUACAUUUAAUUUCUUUAUUUCAUUCCCAAUUGCAUCUUUUAGUUGCAAUAAACUUCGUUUAUUUUGUUUCACCCUCCGAUUAAAAGUGUUGCAGCAAGGAACAAAGGAACAUUAAGACAAGCAACCAUAAAAAUAAACCAAAAAAAAAAAAAACUAUUUUAAUUGAGUUUAUUUGUUGUUAUCAUUUUUUUUGCCAGACUAAAGAAACUAAAUAUAUAUCUAAACUAAACUUUCACCAACUUCCCAGGUAGUAAGAUGGUAAAAAGUUUGUUCUUAGCCACGUUAAGGAUUUGAGCAGAAGUACUUGGCAAAACUAUUUCUCUGUGUUUGUAUUGUUUAUACAACAACAACUGUUUAAUGCAAAACUUUUUCAUUUACUUUUAAUAAAUUCAAUCCUUGUUUGUUCGUUCGCUUGUUACGAUAUAGUAUAAAAUUGGUUGAAAUUAAUUAAAAAUUGUUUAUGUAUAUAAUUUAGAAGAAAAUUUAUUUAAUA